AUGGAAAUGAAAGUAAGCAAGGUGACAACUGCGUUGCGACGCAUAUUGCGAGUAAGCCAGCCGUUAAGAGGUGAUAAUGUCAUUGAUACGAAUAUAUGUGCAAGAGUCACGCACAGCACAAAAUUUACUGGUUUAAAUACAUCCUUAACGAGCCAAGCAAAGCGUGUAAGUAUAGCAGUGGCAGUAAGUGGUGCCUUUGCAUUGGCAAUAUCAAGCAAGAAUGAAGCUCAGAGCGAGCAGAAGAAACAGGAAGAAAGUGGAUAUGACGUCAAUCCGAUUCAGAAUGUUUCGGCACUACUGCGUCUGUAUGAGCAGAUUGACCAAAACAUGACCGUCUUUGUGGCACGCAUGCUGGAGAACCUUGAGCGGAGCGUGGAAGACGAAAAGAAAGCGAACAAUGGCAAGCUCAAAUUAUCACCCGAGCAACGUGCACUAAAAAUGAGUAUUGAGUUUGAAUCGACACUAGAAAAGGUGCAAGAUGCUGUUUUCCGCAACAAUUACGUGACCAAGGAGCAGGUCCAAGAAGCCAUGCAGGAACUUAUCACAGGAACGCUGCGUGGAGGAGGUCCUGAUGGCAAAAUUUCAGUAGCUGAAGCAGAAUCUAUUGAUGAUUUUGUACGUAAGCUCGGGAGGCUGAGAUGGAAGGCUACGGGCUCGCGCGAAUCACUGAUACCUGGAGCUAAGUCGGUGUGGAAAGAGGAAAAACCCAACAUUGACGUCACGGUGGUAAUAAGUGUCAUGGAAGAGCUGAUUCCAUCAUUAACGGUUGAGAUGGAAAGAAUUGCUAUUGAUUUACGCAAAGAAAAGCUGACGGAUGCAGAUUUCCGGAUUCAACUUUCACAACAGUAUGUAAAAGCCUCCGGCAAGAAGACUAAAGAGAUUUGCGACAAGUAUAACUUAGACCUGCGCGCUUUUCAAGCUGCGCUAAUGUACUAUCAUGAUGAUGCUUUGUUCGAAACAGUGCUAUCCAAGUUAUCUGCACAACAACAAAUGAGAUUUAAAGAGCUCGGUUUGUAA